AUGCGGCACUUUCUUUCCUUCACUCUCAUCCUUUCUCUGAUACCGUUCUCCUUCUCGGCCUCAGCAGAUUUACCACAGACUCCUCUCAACUCACCAGAAUUUGAAAUCGGAGACACAUCGUCGUAUCUUCAGGUCAACAAUAUGCCUUCACUAGCGGAUUUACUCACUAUUGAAUCCUCGGCUUCGAUAUUCUACUCUUAUGCUCGUGAGCUUGCUUUGAGUCAGCUCUUUGCUGAUUCGAAAAGCUCUGUGUGGGACGGAGAUCAGAAAUUGACUCUUGCAAACGGUGGAUUAACGCUGCUUGUACCUACAAAUAAGGCGGUUAUGGCGCUUGCGAGGAAGCCACAUCAAGGACCUCCACCAAAGAAUGAAAACGAAGGCAUUACGAUAUCGGAUGAGGAAUUCCAUAAGCUGUCGAAGGAGAAUGUGCAGAGAUGGGUCGAGGCUCAUAUCAUUGCCUCCUCUCCUUUGACCUUCCCUGCCCCUACAGUGACGUACGAAACUGUCCUUCAAGGUAAAUUCGUGUCAUUCACAUCAACACAAAGCAAUGGCGACGACGAGGAUUGGAAGACGGUUACAAUUGAAGAUGGUAUCAAGAUUCUGAGUAUGAAGCAAGCAUCGAACGGUGUACUGUAUAUCAUUGAUGGAACGAUCGAUGUCGAAUAA